AUGACCAGCAUAGACGAGCUCUUUCAGCUCUCAUCUUCCUCUUCCACCUCCCACCGCCAUGCCCGCGUAGACGACCCAACAGACGACGCCGAAGCAGGGCCUCAACCACCACCCGACAAUGAAGACGAGGCCGAAGACGGCGACUACGGUCCGACCCUGCCCCCGGACGAGGACGAGCCGGGCGACGAUGACGAAGGCCGUUUCUUCGGCGGCGGCAUAACGCGCACGGAACGGGAGAUACUCGAUUACGUGGACAGCGCCACCGGCGGCGGCCGCGGCGGCGGGCGCGACGGCGCGGCGGCGGUCCCGGACGAGGAGGAGACGAUCGACCUGGGGUGGCUCAAGCGGACGGCGCUGGCGUUCGAGAAGAAGAUCAGCCGCAACGCGGAGCUGCGGGCGCGGUACGAGUCGGAGCCGGCGCGCUUCAUCGACUCGGAGGCCGACCUGGACGCGGCCAUCAAGGCGCUCUCGAUCCUCUCGGACCACCCGGACCUGUACCCGUCCUUCGCGGGGCUCGGGUGCGUCGGCAGCCUGGUCUCGCUGCUGGCGCACGACAACACCGACAUCGCGCUCGACGCCGUCGAGAUCAUCGGCGAGCUGACGGACGAGGACGUCGCCGCCACCGAGGAGCAGUGGGACGCCCUGGUCGACGCCCUGCUCGAGGCCGACAUGCUCGGCCUCUUGGUCAGCAACUUCGGCCGGCUCGACGAGGCGCAGGAGGCCGACCGCGAGGGCGUCUACCGCGCCCUCGGCGUGCUCGAGAACCUGUGCUCCAAGCGGGAGGUCGCCGAGGCGAUCGGGGAGCAGGACGCGCUGGUCAGGUGGCUGCUGGAGCGCGCGGCGCGGAAGGAGACGCCCGUGUCGCAGAACAAGCAGUACGCGGCCGAGAUCCUCGCCAUCCUGGUGCAGAACUCGGCCAAGAACCGGAGGAGGCUGGCCGAGCUGGACGCGGUGGACCAGAUGCUGCAGCUCGUCGCGCCCUAUCGCAAGCGCGACCCGGAAAAGGGCGGGGACGAGGAGGAGUACAUGGAGAAUCUCUUCGAGGCGCUGACCAGCAUCGCGGACGAGCCCGACGGCAAGGCCAAGUUUGUCGAGGCCGAGGGCGUCGAGCUGUGCCUGAUCAUGCUCAAGGAGGGGAAGCUCAGCAAGCCCGCCGCCCUGAGGCUUCUCGACCACGCGGCGGGGGGAGGGCAGGCGGGGGCCGAGGUGUGCCAGAGGAUCGUGGAGGCGGGAGGGCUGAAGACCACGUUCACCUUGUUCAUGAAGAAGCACGACAACCCGACGACGGAGCACCUGGUCGGCAUCUUCGCCUCGAUGCUGCGCCUGCUCCCCGCCGACUCGGCCGAGCGGAUCCGCACGCUGGCCAAGUUCGUGGAGAAGGACUACGAGAAGACGGAGAAGCUGGUCAAGCUGAGGCGCGACUACGCCGCCAUCAUCGGGCGGGUGGACGAGGCGAUCAAGCAGGAGAAGGAAGGCAUGGGCGCGGACGAGAUCGAGGAGAUGGCCGACGAGUGGUUCUCGCGGCGCCUCGACGCCGGGCUCUUCUGCCUGCAGACCAUCGACGUCAUCCUGGCCUGGCUUGUUGCCGAGGAUGACGGGGCGAGGAGGAAGAUUCAGGAGUUACUCGCCGACAGAGACGAGACGUUGGCCGUCAUCAAGGAGACCAUCCAAGAGCAGAUCGACGGCAUCGAUACCGAGUCGGAUGAGGGCAAGGAUACCAAAGAGAUGCUGACGACACUAGCCCAGUUCCUGCAAUGACGCAGGCGCAAUCCAAAGUGUAGCGAUAA